AGAAAACGAAAAGCAAAGGCUUUCUUUAAAGUUUAAACCCUAGAAAAGAGUCUUCGAUCUUCUCCAGGGUUUAGUUCCAUCAAAUUCUCGUUAAAAAUUCGCAAAAAUUGAUAGAGCUCUAGUUCUACAGACAUGCCGAAAUCCAAGAGAGAUCGAGCAGUGACAUUGUCAAAGACAAAGAAGAAAGGGAGAGAGCAUAAAGAGAACAUUGUGAACUCCAUUCGUGAAGCUGUUGAAAAAUAUAAUUCCAUAUAUGUUUUCAGCUUUGAAAACAUGAGAAAUCUCAAGUUCAAGCAGUUCAGGGAGCAGCUCAAAUCCACAAGCAGAUUUUUCCUUGGAUCAAAUAAAGUGAUGCAGGUUGCUCUAGGAAGGUCUGAUUCUGAUGAGAUAAGAACAGGGCUUCACAAAGUUUCUAAGCUUCUUCAUGGGGAUUCUGGGCUUUGUGUAACCAAUAUGCCUAAAGAAGAAGCCCAAAGAAUAUUCAAUGAGUAUGAAGAUUAUGAUUUUGCUAGGACUGGAAGUAUUGCCACAGAAACGGUGGAACUUAAAGAAGGUCCUCUAGACCAAUUCACACACGAGAUGGAGCCCUUCUUAAGAAAGCAAGGAAUGCCUGUUCGAUUAAACAAAGGAAUUGUGGAACUUGUUGGAGAUUUUGCUGUAUGUGAAGAGGGGAAACCCAUAUCACCUGAAUCUUCUCGUAUACUGAGGUUAAUGGGUGUGAAGAUGGCUACUUUUAAGCUAAAGUUGAUAUGUAGAUGGAGUCCUGAAGAUUUUGAAGUGUAUGAAGAAGGUUUGGAAGGUUCGGAUAUUGAAUCCACUUAAAUUAAUUGAUAUGUGAUUGAUGUGUAAUCUUGCUUUAAUUAACACACAGUUUUGUAAGAUCUUAACAUGGUAAGUGUACUUUAUUUGUUGCA